GUACGGGCAACUCAAAAUUGCGCAGAGUAUUCAAAGGGCCAAAGACCAAAGCCAAUUCGAAAAGCUGGUUUACAUGAUCUGCGUGGAUUCAUCUACAGAGAGUUUUUUUGACGGAUUAGAAUCCCCAAUUCCCGAUUAGAUCGCCAUCCCGCUUCAAAACCUUGCUGCAAUGCCUGCCCUUCAAAGUUUCUCCUCCCUAAAUUGAGAACUUGGAGACUCCGGGAAGAAAUUGAGCAAAAAAUAUGCCGAAGGUUGGAAUCCAAAUCAAAGAGGGAUUUGGAUUGCUUUGCUGCUUUUGGACGGCAGAUUUUAUAGAUGCUUUCCUUGAAGUUUUGAUCGAAGGUUUUUGCUUUGCUGCUGGGUUAUAUAUAACCAUAAGCUUUUCUGACUCAAUUUUCUUCCAUAUUUAUUGAGUUUGUUUCUCUCUAGUUAGUUCUUGUGUACUCUGAUCUGGUACAGUUAAGUGGGAAUAGUUUAUUGAUGAAAAGGAUGGAGAGGAAGAUGAAUGGUAAGAAGAGAAGAUUGGAUGAUGAUACUGGUGGUGUAAGAAGAAGAAUGAAGUUCAGCUUUCUGAGUCGCUGCCACAAAUAUGCUCCUAUACUACGCUUGCCUCUUGAGGUCCUGAGGGAAGAAGUGUUGUCCCGCCUCCCAAUUAGGGAUCUUUGCCGAGCAAAGUGCGUGUGUAAGCAAUGGCACAGCUACAUAAGCCCCCCUGACUUCAUCAAGGUGGUGCACCGGAGCCUCCUCAACCACGAGCCUUCACACGGCCUCGUCAUUGCCACCGUUGGUGCUGACGAGUUCGUCUUCUAUUACUCGCCUCUCUCCGAACAACACCACCGCCAACAGCCUCGUGCUUUUGUCCCUCGCCUGAGGGUCCCCCGAGGCCGGGACUACUACCAAUGGACGACUCAAGUCGUGAAUGGCCUUGUGUGCCUCUACUCCGCCAAUAGGUUGAGUCUUUUUAGUAUAUGCACAGGCGAAAUGCUUGACCUCCCACUACCCCCAACGCCUGCCCCUGAUGCACUCUGUGCUACUCGUGUUGAUGUUUGGUUGUCCGGAACCCGUGAAGUUGGGAGGCUCGACAUCCCUCUCCUGCAUGGUGCUGAGCAAGCUACCAACUGCACUAUGACUCGUUACUUUUUCGGUUUUGAUGCCGUGCAUAAGGCAUAUAAGAUACUUAGCUUAAGUUAUAUGUGCCGUGAAGGAUGUCCUGGCCCUGGUGGUGGUCUGUGCGGGUGCCCACCUUUCAAGGUGCCUCAGGUUCUCACAAUCAGUGACGACCCACUCUCCUCCUCCUCCUCCUGCCACUGGAGAAAAGUACCUCACCCCAUACCUUUUCCUCCCCUUGAGAUGCAAACUGUUUGUGUGAGUGGACUAUUGUGGUGGACUGGAAAUAGAAACUCUCAUGUUUGUUUUGAUCUCACGGCAACGCAUGAGCAUUUCCGCCCAGUUUCUAUGGAAUACCCGCCUGUCUCCGACUCGUGGUCGUUCUUCAGCACCGCAGGCAUACCCUCACUAUAUGGGAGAGACAUUGCUCUAUCUGAGUGUUCUGUACAACGGAGAUCGUUGCGCCUCUUCACCCACUCUGCAGAGGAUAUAUAUUGUGAGUGGAAUAAGUACGAUAUCAAUUUGCCUUCCGAGUUGCUACAAAGGGGUAGUAAAUCUUCAAUCACUCUCGUCGGAAACCUUCCUGAUGGGGAUAUUCUAAUUGCCAACGACCAAGCAGACGACUCCCUCACUCCUGUCUAUUCCUUCCCUCCUGGAAGAAACAAGACGUUCUCAAAAUCAUUUAAGGUUGGCAAGUUUCCUCAAGCAACUGCCUCUAUGUCGCCCAAAGAGCUUGUUGUUGCUGUAACUUGUGUCCAGGAUAAUCUCACUCCACUCUCCCAUCUUAUUGGAAAUUGUUCACACCUCUAAGUAUUUAUUAAUUGGUUCAAUUCCCUGCUGUUACUCUAUUUGUUCCUACCUUUUUAAACAAUCAUUUUGUUCAUGUGCUGUGACAUUAGUGUCAAUUGCUAUAUUAUGCUCAUUCCCUGGCAAACUGUUUUGGAUGAUGGAAAUGAUUUUAUUUGUUGAUAUAAUCAAAUGCCAGGGUCUAUCGACAAUCACUUGGUUCUGUUUCAAUCAGUGCCUGUGCCUCAUUCUUGUUGUAUCUUUUACCAGUCUACUACCUCCAGAAACUUACUAAGCCGCGCUUCAACACUCCAAUCCGCUACAAAGUACAGUCGUCUUCUAGAGCAAACCACCAUCUCCACCAAUUCUACCCUCCUCUACACCGACGCCAGAGCUCUUCAACAGCAAAUCUAGCCGCGCAAGACUCCUGAGCUACCAAUCGCGGCAUUGUUUCGCACCAAUCACUUGUUUCUGUUUCAACCAGUGCCUCAUUCUUGUAUUGUUUCUUUUGUUUUCAUACCAUUGCUAGUUUUUGUUGCUUUGUACGGAGUAUAUCUUUGCCAGCAUAGAGUCAGCAUAAAGUGGGAGUAAAAAAAUGAAAAUAUAAUUAACAAAAUAGAAGUUUCAUG